CUUUCAUGCCUCUCAGUUUAACACGCAUGAAGCAGAAAGUUCUGCUGAGGAACAAAAACCUUCCAGCCUGAUUCGGUUCUCAUGAAGCAAAGUUCGGUUCUGUUGUCACAACAAACUAUCUGGUUAAAUUCAAGCAUUUAAGAAUUAAAAUCUGACUUCCGACAUGAAUCUUUAUGUUGUAUUAACUUUUCUAAAUGGUCAUUCUGGCUUUGGCAGAUAGACGUUCAGAUUGUUUAUUUGCGCAGCGUUUGCGGUUUUGCGCAGCAGGACGGGCAGAAAGAGGGACAACAGGACGUUUUUGCAUCUGCUUCACGCAGGCAGGCGGAAUCAUUGCGUCAGUGGCGCACGCAGGGCAGGCUUGUGCGCUCGGCGGAUGAGGCGCAGAGGAGAGAGAGGAAAAAGUUUGUGCGGAUCGGAGCGGAGCGGCGGGACGACGCGCAUUCUACACUUUAUUUGAAGAAGUUCGGCUGGAAGAUUCCCCCACCCUCCUUCCGCCCCAACACCAUGGAACUGCUCUGCCUCGAAAUGGACACCAGCAUACGAGCCCGUCCGGACCCGAACCUCCUGCGCGAUGACAGAGUUCUGCAGAGACUGCUGACCAUCGAGGAGAGAUUCCUGCCGCAGUAUUCUUAUUUCAAAGGCGUCCAGAAAGACAUUCAGCCCUUCAUGAGGAGGAUGGUCGCUACUUGGAUGUUGGAGGUCUGCGAGGAGCAGAAGUGCGAGGAAGAAGUUUUUCCUCUGGCCAUGAACUACCUGGACAGAUUUUUAGCGAUGGAGCCGAUCAAGAAAUGCAACCUGCAGCUGCUGGGCGCAGUCUGCAUGUUCCUGGCCUCCAAGCUGAAGGAGACGCGGCCAUUAACGGCAGAGAAGCUCUGCAUCUACACAGAUAACUCCAUCAGGCCGCAGGAGCUGCUGGAAUGGGAGCUGGUGGUUUUGGGGAAGUUGAAGUGGAACUUGGCGGCGGUGACGCCGAACGAUUUCAUCGAGCACAUCGUGCGGAGGCUGCCGCUGGCCAACGACAAGCUGGUUCUGAUCCGGAAACACGUCCAGACCUUCAUCGCCCUCUGCGCCACAGAUUUCCGAUUCGCCAUGUAUCCCCCCUCCAUGAUCGCCACAGGAAGUGUGGGGGCGGCCAUCUGCGGCCUGCAGCUGGACUCAGCCGACCAAUCCCAGUGGGGCGACAGCCUGACGGACCUACUGGCCAAGAUCACCAACACAGAGGUGGACGUUCUGAAGGAGUGCCAGGAGCAGAUCGAGCGCGUCCUGGAGAGCAGCCUGCGUGAGGGCCGGCAGCAGCAGCAGACGCAGCGGGGCCCCAGCGGGAAGGGCCUGGAGGAGCUGGACCAGGCCUCCACGCCCACAGACGUCCGUGACGUCAACUUGUGAAGCACCAGAGGGCGCCGUUGCACAGGAUUUACAAGAAUCUUUUUUAAAAAAACUUUCAGUCUUCAUAAAAGCAGAAAAAAAGAACAAAAGAGCAAAAAAUUGUUAAAAACACAAGGCUUUUAAAGAAAUACAAGGACAGUGCUGGCUAGUUUUGUAGUUGAUCUUUUCUUCAAGCAAAAACAAAAAAAAAGCAACAAAAAAAAACACAAAACCUCCUGCACAUGAAAUCGAUUUUCUCUGAUGCUCUAGUGUAAAAGCAACAAGCCUGGUGAAGCUGCGCUGCCUUGGAGGCAGAAGGGAAUCGUUCUGCCUUUACAGCUGCAGACAGGAGAACUGCAGAUGAUCCUUUUUCUAUUUUUAUUUGCAAAGAUGAUUUUUUUCGCCGUCUGCAGGCGGUGGACGAAGAGGACGAGUCCUCCACUGCCAGAUCGUCCACCUCUAUGGACGGACAGAACUGUGUAGAGCAGAUGGUCCCGUUGCCAGGCAACCGCUGGAACGAUAAUAGUUAUUAGUAAUAUUUAUAAUUAUUGAUACCAUCAAAAAUAUUUUGGGACUUCAUGAGCUCCUUUGGUUCAGGCUGCUUGUUUGCAUCGGUUUGAGGAUGCAGCUGGCUGGAGAGAGAGGGUGUGUGUGUGUGUGUGAAAGCUGUUCAGCCUCGUGCUGCAGCUCACCUGAGCUAACGGGGGACAGGUGCGUUAGCAGAGAGACACUUUGUCUCAUCAGGGCUUCACCUCCGACCCAGAGGUUCUUACCUCCGGGCCGGGGGCCGAGGAGGGGCCGGGGCGCGGCCCUGGGCGGCCCUCAGUAGCUGCACAGGGUGCAGGAGGAGCUGCAGAGGUUGGAGUGGAUCAAGCAGAACCCUCUGAUGUUUUCCUUUACGUGUAGCUGGACCUGAGGGCCGGGGGCCCGCUGGGGUCCCGUCCAGCUCCCUUUAUGAUUUUAAUAGCUAGGCACUUUGAGGUGAAGCUCAAAUCAAACGGCCUCCGGACCAGGAGUGAGGAGCUUUCAUUCCUCAUUUCUCUGGAUCCCAACCAGAACCAGAACCUGCUGCAGAUUCCAGCAGCAGCUUGUCCUCCAGUCCUGCUAAAACUCCUCCCAGAUGAUCCAAUCAGAUAUUCAUGCAGAGCCCGAUCGGAUCGGUUCGAAUCCGGAGACUCUGCUUUUCCUUUCUCAAUGAAAAGAUUAGAUUUUUUUUUUUUUUACUUGACAUUUUGUUUUUAUUUAUCUGCAUCAGCCACAGAGAGCCACAGGAGGGCAGCAGAGAGCCCAUGUGUCGAGUUGGGUUUUCUUUAAAGUCAUUAGAGACCCAGCUGAUUCUCUCCACAAAGGAGAGAUCCCAUAACCCUCUCCAGUUUGAACCCAGACCAAAAAAAAAGACCAGUUUGAACUCAGUGGGCCCCCUCAGUACUGCACCACCCUAACCCGGCUCACAUGGGGCCCGUGUUUGUUUGUGAUGUUUGUAGCCAUAACAGGCUCUGUUCAAAAGAACCCAAACUUUCUCGUGCCGCUUCCCCAGAAACGGCUCCAGUUCUGGUUCCGGAUCCGGUUUCAUGUGGCUGACUCUGGUUUUCAUUUUCCAUGUCCCACCCCAGCUUGUUUCUGCCCCGUCAUCCUUUGGCCUGAUGGAAGCUCUCUCCUGAACAUGAUUACUUUUUCCUGCAGAUUUCGUGCAGCGUGUGUUUAAUAUCGAUGCCACAGUUCAGCGUGUAUGUGUGUGUAUGUGUUGUGUGUGUGUGUUGUGUGUGUUUCUCUAGGGGGCCAUCAGACCCACUGUGGGGGUUUUGGUUUUAGAGAUACUGUAUUCCAAAGUGAAGAGCGGUCCGCGGUGUGAAGAUGUCAACAACAAAAAGUGUGGAUAUUUUAUUGUGUUUUUUGCGCUGCUAUGAGCUAUGAAUUUUUCAUUUAUACAAAAUAACAUUACUUAGUUGUGAUGUGUCACUUGUGUGCUGCUAUUUUAUAAACAUUUGUAUUAUAAUAUAAUUAUUUUACUGCUUAAGAGAUACAUCCAGAAACAAAGUAGAAGGUUUUAGAAGGCGAGGAUUUGACUGGAAAUGUUCCUCGUACAGAUGGAUGGACGGGACGUUUCAUUUCCUGUUUUCUGUUUCCUGUUUCCGUCACGUUCUUCUUCAGGGCGUGCCAUGCCUCAGGAUUACUGGACUCAGUCACACACAGAUCCAUCACAUAUACCUCUGCAGAGGCAGGAGGAACCAUUCCUACUGUUUCCAUGAGCAACGACAGGAACUAAGCGAAGCUUCAGCUGGACUCUGACCACAACAGGAAGAGAGGAGGAAACUUCCUGAACCGCCAUGCAUGUUCAUGCUUGUCUGUGUUGGUGCUACAGCUGACUUGUUCUGUGCUACAGAGGGGAAAAUCCCCAGGAUGGCCAAAGUUUCUGCUUUCCAUGUCCAUGAUCACCAUGAAUAAAAUGGAUUCUGUAUGUGA